UCGCAAAUCAAAUAGCCCUUGUGGUAAUAUGGAGCUCUGAACAUUUGAUCCUGCAAGAUAACCCGGAGGCAGGAACGUACUGUUAUUCGAGGAAGGCAGCACGUAGUGGGAGGAUGGCAAUGGCUUCGGGCACCACCAGUUCAUGUUUGCACGAUGCCACUGGAAUCAGAGAUCCCAGGAGUUCGUUAAGCUGCAAAACGAAGGUUUUUAAUAGCUUGAAACCCCUACCUGCUGGUAUUUUCUGCCCGAAAAAAUUGAAUAUCAACGCUGAUUUUCACCACAGGGUUCAUCAGAUGAUAUCGUUAAGAAAUUCAAAGAAGAAAUAUGUUAGUCCGCGCAUUUCUAUGAUGCCUAUUGGUACUCCAAGAGUGCCUUACAGAACGCCAGGUGAAGGAACUUGGCAGUGGGUUGAUCUCUGGAAUGCUCUUUAUCGAGAACGUGUAAUUUUUAUUGGGCAGCAUAUAGAUGAAGAAUUUAGCAACCAGGUGUUGGCAACUAUGUUGUACCUUGACAGCAUUGACGACUCAAAGAAGAUGCAUCUGUACAUCAAUGGCCCGGGUGGAGACGGUAAUCGAGUUGCCAUGCCUCUUUGUAGAAUUGCUCUUCAAUCCCCAGCAGGAGCAGCCCGGGGUCAGGCUGAUGAUGUAAGAAAUGAAGCAAAUGAACUUCUUCGCAUUCGAGAUUACCUUUUUGGAGAGUUGGCAAGAAAGACGGGUCAACCGAUUGAGAAGAUCAACAAAGAUUUGAGUCGCAUGAAGAGAUUCAAUGCUCAAGAAGCUCUGGAGUAUGGGCUGAUUGAUCGGAUCCUAAGACCUGCUCGAAUCAAGGCUGAUGCACCUCGAAAGGAACAAGCAGGAGUGGGUCUUGGGUGAAACAGGGGUUUGUUUUUUCAAAUCGCUGUUCAGAUAUAAUUUUACGUUGUUCUUUGAUUUUCUUCAUUUGGUUAUCAUUGCCAUGUGAUUUAUUCAUUUGUAUCAUAAUCUGUCUGAUCGGUGGCUAUGCUGAAGAACUGCUAGAAGAGGUGGGUCAAUGGUACAGUUUGCGAGUUAUAAGCUGCUAUUUUAUUCGCUGCAGUUGUUUGUUGAGGAACUAUACUAGAUAUCUGCUCUGUUUUCUACUUUUCUUAAGGCGUUCUUGCAAUUGGAGAAAAAUUUGCGUACGUAAGACGUAUGCAGCGUCUGCGUACGUCAGCUAGGUUAUAAGUAGGGUGUAUGGGGAUAUAUCCGCGUUAUACCCCCUGUAACCUACAAAUAUAUGAAAACAGAAGCGCAGAACUUACUAGUUAUAGGUAGGUUACAGGAAUGUUACAGAGGGUAUAAUGCGGAUAUAACCCCUAGUACCCUCCUUAUAACCUACCUAAUGUACGAUGUGCUGCAUAUGUCUUACGUGUGCAAAUUUUUUUUCCGACAAUUGGGUUUAAGCGAAAUUUGAAUAUGUCGGAGUUUUAGAAUUGUGCAAAUUUAUUUUAUUUUCUUAUUGAUUCAGAGCUAUAAUGG